CACAAACAUACACAGGACCGCUCACGUGGCUUGGCACUCCGUGAUCGAACGAUCAAGAAGUCACAUACAAGGCUUGAGUGAGACUGGGCUAGAAGGGCAUGUAUAUUGAAGUUUUCAAACAGAUUCUUCCGAUACCACUUCAGAUCAAACACCACGAUCGACAGACAUCAUGACUGCAAAGUGCCAGCUGGACGUAAUCAUAGUGGGGGCCGGCAUGGGAGGGCUGGGGACAGCAGUGACCCUGAGAAGAGCAGGUCAUAAAGUCACAGUGCUGGAACAGGCUCCAGAAUUCGUCGAGAUCGGCGCAGGAGUCCAAGUCCCGCCAAAUGCGUCGCGGGAGCUGAUCCGGUGGGGGCUGGGCGAGCAGAUGGACGCGGUCUCCUCCAAGCCCUCGCGCAUCAACUACCGCAACUGGCGCACCGGAAAGCCCGAGGGCUUCACGGUCAUGUCGAACCACAAGGACAAGUACGGCGCCCCCUACUGGCAGGUAUACCGGCCCGACUACCACAAGGUCCUGCUGCAGGCCGCCGAGAAGGCGGGCGCGAGCCUCCGCAAGAACGUCCUGGUGGUUGAGUACAGGCCAGAGGAGGGCGCGGUCGUGCUCGAGUCCGGCGAGGUUGUCCGCGGCGACCUCGUGAUCGCCGCAGACGGCGUCAAGAGCAUCGCCAGGAAGGCGCUGGGGCGCGACGUCGAGCCGCACGAGACCGGCGACACCUGCUUCCGGGUGGUGAUACCGCGCGAGGUGCUCGUCAACGACCCGGAGCUCGCGCCGCUCAGCCUGGACCCGAACUUUGAGCAGUUCCUCGGGCCUGACCACCACAUCAUCGGCUACAACAUGCAAAAGGAGAAGACAUUCAACCUGCUCAUGGUCAUCCCAGACGACCGGAAGAUGAAAGGGUACAAGGCGCCAGCGACGGCUACUGAGGUCAGAAACGCCUACAAGGGCUGGUCAUCCAUGACCCAGAAGCUCCUCUCGUUCCUGCCAGAGGACGUGGAGAAGUGGCGGCUCAUAGACCUCCCGACCAUCAACGACUGGGUGCACUCAAGCGGUAAGAUGGUCGUCAUCGGCGACGCCGCCCACGCGACCCUUCCCUACCUGGCCCAGGGGGCAGCGAUGGCCAUCGAGGACGCCGCGGUCCUCGGGUCCACACUGUCGCACAUCGAGUCCAAGGACCAGCUGCCAAAGCUCCUGGACUUCUUCUACCGGACGCGGGUCCGCCGCGCACACGCUAUCCAGCGGGGCAGCUUUACGAAUCGGUUCUUCAUUCACAUGAAGGAGGAAGAGCCGCUGGCCAUGCGGCGUGGCGUGUUUGAAUAUGGCGAUUACCCAAGCAGCCCGAACCUGAUGGGGAACACGAUAUUUCAGGAUUGGCUCUACGGGUAUGAUGCCACUGCGGAUGCGAAGAAGAAAUGGGAGGAGGAGACGGGGCGCACACCCUCGCGACUUUAG